AUGGGAGGACUCGACGAAGCUUUUAUCCAAGCUCCUGAACACAGACCCAAAACUGAUCUCAAAAACUCCGGUGACUACAUUUACUCCAACGAGAUCCCGACCAUCGACCUCUCUUCUCUCCAAGACCCAGACUGCGACAAGACCGCGCUCGCGACAGAGAUUGCUGAAGCAUGCAUGAGGUGGGGGUUUUUCCAGGUGGUAAACCAUGGCUUGUCGUUGGACUUAAAGCGUCGGGUGGAGAAGACGAUGGCGGAUUUUUUCAGUCUAACGUCGGAGGAGAAAAGAAGAGUGAAAAGAGACGAAGUGAACCCUAUGGGAGUUGGACGCCACGCAGACGCAGGAGUUAUAACCGUCUUGGCCCAAGAUAAUGUGGGUGGGUUACAAGUAUGGACAAAUGACAAGUAUUGGAGUGCAGAACAUAGAGUGGUAGUGAAUUCAAGCAAAGAGAGAUUCUCAAUGCCUUUCUUCCUUUUCCCAUCCCAUGAAGUCAACAUUGAGCCACUGAAGGAGCUUCUAAGCGAAGACAACCCGCCUUGUUACAAAAAGUACAAUUGGGGCAAGUUCUAUGUUGCGAGAAACAGAAGUGAUUACAAGAAGCUCCAAACUGAGAACAUCCAGAUUGAUCGCUUCAAGGCCGCUUAAGUAAUCUUACUAUAUGUAUAUUAGCACAACAUUUCCUAAUAAUGUCAAUGAACAUGACUCAUGUGUUACUUCUUUAUCAAUAAAUAAAGAAGAAAUUACUAGAAUGAUACACAAAAGUUGGUAUAUG